GCAGCAUUUAUUAUAUAUAACAUAUUUAUGCCAAAACAUAACAAAAAUAUGAUAAUAUUUCCUAAAUUGAGUCGAAAGAAGUAAAGUAAAAUCGGCGUUCAUUUGGGUCCGAAGUUGAAACCCGGAUAUCGGCAUGGUAUAAGAAAAAGGAAAUUGAAGGGGUGACGCAUACACAGACCGAAGAGAAAGUCAUCUCCUUCUCUCUUGAUUUCUGCUAAAUUCUCUAUCUACUUUUUCUACACUAAAUUCCUAGAAGAAAAACCUGUUCUGGUCUUCUUUGUUACAUAAUUCUUGUUGACGGGUAAGCAAUCCCCUGAUGCUAUCUAUUUCUUUUCAGAUUCAUACUUUUUCCAAUUCUGAUCGUAUUUCUACUUGGGUUUGAACGGGUCUUAGAUGUUAUCGAUAACGAUCGCAUCAUUUAUCUGGGAUUAUUUCCUUUCGAAUUAUAUUAUUGAUUCCUCGGAGCUUCGAUCCAUUAGGUUUUUGGGUAUUUUAAAAUUUUGUUUAGACUGGUGAAAGACAAAUUAAGAAAUGUCAAAUACUAAUAAUGCAGCAGCAUGUGCUGAAAGGGCAACAAGUGAUAUGCUGAUCGGUCCUGAUUGGGCCAUUAAUAUCGAGCUAUGUGAUCUUAUCAAUAUGGAUCCUGGGCAAACAAAAGAUGCUCUUAAGAUACUAAAGAAGAAGCUCGGGGGUAAAAAUCCAAAAAUACAGCUCCUAGCUCUUUUUGUACUUGAAACUUUGAGCAAAAACUGUGGCGAACAUGUGUUUCAGCAAAUCGUUGAGCGGGAUAUCCUGCAUGAUAUGGUCAAAAUUGUAAAAAAGAAGCCGGAUUUAAAUGUGAGGGAAAAGAUUCUUAUACUGAUAGACACUUGGCAAGAAGCUUUAGGGGGAAGAGGGGGAAGGUAUCCCCAGUAUUAUGAAGCAUACAAUGACUUGAAGUCUGCAGGAGUAGAUUUUCCACCAAAAGAAGAGAACAGUGUCCCACUGUUUACACCACCACAAAGCCACCCUAUUGUGCACCCUACUUCACCCUAUGAGGAAGCAGCCAUUCAGGCAUCCCUUCAGACUGAUGCUGCUGGACUCGGGUUGUCAGAAAUUGUGAAUGCAGAAGGAAUAGCAGAUGUGUUGAUGGAUAUGCUUAAUGCUUUGGAUCCUAAGAAUCGUGAGGGGGUCAAACAAGAACUGAUUGUUGACCUUGUUGACCAAUGUCGCUCUUACCAACAACGUGUUAUGACCCUUGUAAACACUACAUCAGAUGAAGAGCUUCUAGGUAAAGGUUUGGCAUUGAAUGAUACUUUAAUGCGCGUACUUCGUCUCCAUGAUGACAUUGCUCAGGGCGGCCCUACACAGCCUGUUGUCACCAGGACAAGUGAAAGUACGGUUGUACCCUUGGUUAAUGUAACUCACGAGGACGAUGAGUCUGACGAUGAUUUUGGCCAGCUAGCACACCGGUCAUCAAGGGAUACUUUACAGGGAAAUGGCCGGAACCAAAACGCACCACCGCGUGCCGCCCCACUCCUCCCUCCCCCGCCCGCAUCAAGGAGGCCCGUUAGCGGUGAUUCAGGCCUGAUGGUUGACUAUCUUAGCGGUGAUGCUUACAGCAGCUCUGAACGGUCUUCCGUAAACGCAUCGGGCCCCACAGUCCGACCAUCAACAACUCCUCCAAAACCAUCAUCCCUUCCUCUUCCUGAUGACGAUUACAUAAAUCCAACCGCAACCAUGUUCAUUGAUCAACCGUCAUACGAUGAACCUAAGUCCCGGGACCCUUCGCCCGUGCCCGUGGGUCAAUACGGUGCACCGCCCGUGUCCAUCCCACCACCGCCUGCAAAACAGAGCCAGAGACAGCAGUUUUUCAACCAGAACCAGCAUGGGUCACUUUCGAGCAGUGGGUCGGGGUCGGGUUCGUCUUUUGACGGGUUGGUUGGUCAAACACAGAAUCUUUCGGUCAACCCUUCGACACCAGCUAAGAAAGAGAAACCGGAAGAUGCUUUGUUUAAGGAUCUUGUGGAUUUUGCUAAAGCUAAGUCGUCGUCACCUUCGAGUUCUUCGUACCCGAACAGAUCGUUUUGAUUUUUGAAGGGGGUGAAUUGGUAUUUGGUAGUAUAAAAAUUUAAGGACUAGUUUUGAUGUUUUGGUAUUGUGUUUGAUUAGUUGAGGGAUUUGUGUUUUGGGGAAUAAAAUGAAUUUGUGAACUUGUGGGUUGUUAUUAUGUAAUGCCAUUUGACCAUUGUUACUUGAUUUUAUUAUGAGCAUGUAAAUUUGUAUUUUUUGGUUUAUUUAUAAUUGUUGUGUG